AUGGCGGAAGUAUUUGUCCGGGAACAGUCGUCGGAAGAUGGCUCCAGGAGUAAAUCUCUGGACACUCCAGUACUGGAAUGUUCUAUCUGUCUGGAACAGCUGCGACACCCUAAAUCUCUCCCUUGUCUACAUUCAUUUUGUGAGGAAUGCCUUGGUAGCUACAUCACCAAGGAGUCGUCAGGUAAGAUGGCGUCGGCGUCUUCUUUCUCCUGUCCUGUAUGCCGUAAGGUCACCGAGCCGAUGAACCCGUCAGAAGACAAGGGAGGUUGGGCCGGACAGUUUCCUACCAACAAUCUGGCAGUCGAAAUGAUCCGACAUUUACAAAAUACGAAUACGUUGAUCACAUGCAAGCCCUGUGAGAAGAAAGGAAAUACGAAUGUACCAGCAAAGUUUUGGUGCCAUCAAACCAAAUCUUACUUCUGUGCAACCUGUAAAAUCAGCCAUCAUGACCUGUUUCAUGAAGAAUGCGAACCCGAGAAUAUCACGGAAUGGAAUAAAUCAGAUACGAUCCGAAGGCAGACGUCGGCUGCUGGAUGUGGAAAGCACAAAGAGAAAUUAGAGUAUUAUUGUGAAGAUCAUCAGAUUCUUGGAUGUAGCAAAUGUAUCAUUGUCGAUCACCGGAAGUGUGAAGUAGUGACAUCAGCAGACGAUUUCCGGGACAAGCUGACAACCACGAAGAUCGACGGUCUUCUUGAAGCACUUCGGAGAUGCGUAGACGCCAUGGAGACAUUGAUAAAAGAUGCUGACAAACAACUUCAGUACAUGACGCAAGAUCAAGAAAUCGCGUUACAAAGUUUAACAGACCUACGUAGAAAGAUUAACGAGAGGUUCGAUCAACUUCAGAAAGAGCUUACGGACAGAUUAACAAAUUCAUUCAAAAAGGAGAAGGAAAACUUGGAUAUAUCAAAACUGAAAUGUGAACGAUUGAUGUUCGCUAUGCACAAUACACUAACGUCAUCCACGGAUGCGGCCUUGAAGGACGAUACCGUAGGGACGAUCUGUCUGUUCAAGAGAGGACAGGCAGAGCUUGAGUCCUGUAAAGAACUCAUAAAAGAAUUGGAAGAGUCGUCUAAAUCUACCCGUCUGAGUCAUGAAUAUGACUCCAAGAUACUCACAUUGGGGACCAAGAAAGGUAUUAACAUGGGAAUGAUUGCUGUUCAUCAACUACAGAGGAAACUUCCAUCUACUUUAAAUUGUACACCGUUCUACGAACGUCAAUUGAAGAAGACAAAAAGGUUGAACAUCAAAGUUGCCUCUGACGAGAACAACUGUUGUGCGUUAAGUGUAUUGCUCCUGUCCGGUGGCCGUAUCGUUGUCGGAGAUUAUGCAAACAAAAAAGUGAAACUGUUCACAGAAAACGGAAAAUUCCAAUGUGAGGUGGGAAUGGCUGAUGAACCUUGUGAUCUGUGUCGUAUUGAUGAGAACACUGUGGCAGUGACAUUGACAAACAGUCAAACAAUAUGUGUUGUCAAUGUCGUGGAUUUAACUUUGACACUCGCAUCUGAAAUAGAAAUUCCAGACAUUACUGGAAAAUGCCUUGGUAUCACAUACAGCAGGAACUCGUUUAUUGUAGGUACAGAAACCACACUUUACGGUGUAUCGAAAAACGGAGGUGAAGCUACAAAGCUCCGGGCAAUUGAAUCAAGAUGUUUGCAUCUCGCCAGUAAUCAGAAGAAUGGACACGUCUUUGCUAGCAUCGCUACCUCUGUAUUUGACCAAAUUGCCGUAACACGGCUGUCUGACGGGACUCACACAGACGUGCUGAAGGUCGGGGUAGUGGAUGCUACAACGGGAAUAAACGUAGACAGGGAGGGUAACGUGUACGUCUGUGGAAGAAUAUCUGGCAACGUCAUACAGCUGUCAGGGGACGGAACUAAUGUCAGGGAACUGCUGACGUCAUCGGAUGGAAUAGAAAACCUGAGGGCGAUUUCCGUGUGGGAUUAUACAUUAGUGAUCACAAGUGAGUCAUCAGACCAACAGAACUUUGUAAACGUCUUAAAGCUUGUUUGAAUGAUAAAGUAUCGAUUUGCAUCCAUAAAUCAUAUGUGGACUCACGAAAUGCCAACGAGUUUAUAUUCAUUCUACUACAUCUGUAUCAUACCCAGAAUGUACAAAUUUCACUGAUAGAAAAUAAACAAUUUCUAAUCACAACGAAAGAAUUCAG